AUGAGGAGUGGGGUUAAUGAGGUUGAUCAACAUGAGGUGGACAAGCAUGAUGAGGAAGCUGGUGAUGAGAAUGAUGAGGGGAUUUAUGAGGUUGAUCAGGAUGAGGUUCAUGAGGGUGAGGUUGAUGAUGAGAACCAUGAGGAGGAUGUUAAUGAGGUUGAUCAGGAUGAGGUUGAUAAGGAUGAAGUUGGUGAUGAGAAUGAUGAGGGGGUUAAUGAAGUUGAUCAGGAUGAGGUUGAUGAGGAUCAGGAAGUUGAUGGUGAUGGGAAUGAUGAGGAGGGUGUUAGUGAGGUUGAUGAGGAUGAGGUUGAUGGUGAUGAAAACGAUGAGGAGAGGGUUAAUGAGGUUGAUCAGGAUGAGGUUGAUGAGGAACUUGGUGAUGAGAAUAAUAAUGACGGGAUUAAUGAGGGUAAUGAAGAUGAUGAAGUUGGUGAUGAAAAUGAGGAGGGGGUUAAUGAGGUUGAUUUGGAUGAGGUUGAUGAUGAAGUUGAUGGUGAAGAGAAUGACGAGAAGGGGGUUAGUGAGGUUGAUCAGGAUGAGGUUGAUGGUGAUAAGAAUGAUGAGGAGGGGGUUAGUGAGGUUGAUCAGGAUGAGGUUGAUGGUGAUAAGAAUGAUGAGGAGGGGGUUAGUGAGGUUGAUCAGGAUGAGGUUGAUGGUGAUAAGAAUGAUGAGAAGGGGGUUAGUGAGGUUGAUCAGGAUGAGGUUGAUGGUGAUAAGAAUGAUGAGGAGGGGGUUAGUGAGGUUGAUCAGGAUGAGGUUGAUGAUGAGGAAACUGAUGGCGAUGAGAACGAUGAGGAGGGGGUUAAUGAGGUUGAUCAGGAUGAUGCGAAUGAGAAUAAUAUUAACAUGAGGGUGAGGAUGAUGAGGUUGAUGGUGAGAAUAAUGAGCAUGAUGAAGCUUAGGAUGAGGUUGAUCAAGAGAAGGGUAAUGAGGAUGAAGACAGAGGUUGAUCAGCACGAGGGUGACGAGGUUGAUGAGGUUGAUGGUGAUGAGAAUAAGGAUGAACCUAACUGUGGUUUGGCUGAUAAAAUCAGACGAUAUUACAUUUUCACAAACUUUCCUGUCAUAUCUGAGCAGAAAUAUAUCAGCUGUUAUCGGUUUGCAGAAUCUUUACCUUUUUUUUUAAAUUGGUACCGUUGACCAUAUUCAUUUCAGUUGGGCGUUACUACUAAAUCUACAGGGCUACUCUGGUCUAAAUCUAAUUCAGACAACAUGGUGAACGCCACAAGGUCUCUCAGUUACCCUUAAGAAAACAACAUUAGGCUGAACGGGAACGACACACUAGCUCUGUUGGCAUUUUUGUCGAACCAGUUGAGGGAUUUAUCAUUCACUCAGAUUACUCCUCAGCCUUUCACGUAAACAUUAACUCC